AUGGAUAUUUUAAGAAAAUUGAUUGAUGAAAAGAUUAAUAGAGGAGAUAUUGAUUGCUUUGAUAUUAAUGAAUUUAGCAAUUUGGAAAAAAUUGAUAAAAGAAUUCAUGGAACUCUAAUAAAAGCUAAUUGGGAGAAUCGAAAGAUUACCAUCGUAUUAAAAAAUUUGAAUAAUUCAGAUAUUACCGAAAGUAGCUUUAAAGAAUUUAUUACGAGGUUACAAGCUUUUUGUAAAAUUGAUCAUUCAAACGUCAAUCAUUUUUUCGGGUUAACGAGAGACUCAAAUGACAAUUAUUUUUUAAUAUCGGAAUAUGCUAUCGAAGGAAAUUUAAAGAAUUACUUGAAAAUAAAAUUUAAUACAUUACAAUGGGAUGACAAAUUACAAAUAGCACUCGAUAUCACUCGUGGAUUAAUGCGCUUACAUUCCGAAAAAGUAAUUCAUGGAAAUCUGCAUUCACGUAACAUAUUGGUUAAUAAUGGUAUGAUGAUGAUAACGGACUUUAGAUUACUCAAUCAAUCGGCAGAAGUUACAUCUGAAUAUGAAGUUUAUGUCGAGCCUCGGUAUCUUCGCAAUCCAGGUUACGAACUAGACAUGAAAUUUGAUAUUUAUAGUUUGGGUAUUCUUUUGUGGGAAUUGGCGAGUGGACGUCCCCCAUUUUUUGAUUAUACACAGAAGGCAGCUCAAGUAGAAAAUAAACUUCUAAAUGAAGAGAAAGAGAAAUCAGAUGCAAAUAUACCUUCGGAAUAUCUGCAACUUUGUCAAAAGUGUUGGCAAGAUAAUUCACACCUGAGGCCUGAAAUUAAUGAAGUUUAUGAAAUUUUAUCUCAACUAGAAUUACAAUCCGGUAUUAGUGGAAAAUUCAACACUCAAGUAAUAUACAAUAAAAACUUAUUUGAUAUGUCAUCAUCGCCACAUACAGCAAAAAUUACUCUGGAAAUAUUUGCAAGCUCAAUGCAACAACUAAUUAGACAAUUUAAGUUGAAUCAUGGGAUAGUUUUAAACGGACACGAUAUAAUUCCGAGCUUAGAAGGGAUUGUUACUGAAGAUGGAGAAAUAAAAGUGAAUUUAUGUGAAAAACAACCUUUAGUAUACACGUCUAUUAAUUUUGAAGUUAGUGAUUUAAGAAUAGACGCAUGCGUUAAUUUUCCAAUUGCAGAAAUCAUUUAUAAUGGCAAUUUGUUAAAAUCCUUUUUUAAGUAUACAAAUGAUAAAAAGAAAUUACGUGAAUUGCAUGGUGAUUUUCUUGCAAGAAAGUUUUUGGUUGGUCAAAGAUAUUAA